AUGUUUCCACUGCUGGGCCUGAACCCCAGGACGUUGGGGGCUGGUGGCCCUGGGUCCCCACAUUUGUGCUCUGGAUGUGAAUUGGAGUCUUCUGGGCUGACAUCACUGUCCUCCGUCCACAGAGCGAAGCCGACACACACAGUGGUCAACUGCUGGUUCUGCAACCAGGACACGCAGGUACCCUAUGGAAACCGCAACUGCUGGGACUGUCCCCACUGCGAGCAGUACAACGGCUUCCAGGAGAACGGUGACUAUAACAAGCCCAUCCCUGCCCAGUACCUGGAGCACCUGAACCACGUGGUGAGCGGCAUGCCCAGCCCCCACGACCCCGCGCAGCCGCACCAGUGGGUGAGCAGCCAGGUGCUGCUGUGCCGCAAGUGUAACCACCACCAGACCACCAAGAUCAAGCAGCUGGCCGCCUUCACACCCAGGGAGGAGGGCAAGUACGACGAGGAGAUCGAGGUGUACCGCCACCACCUGGAGCAGAUGUACAAGCUGUGCCGGCCAUGCCAGGUGGCCGUUGAGUACUACAUCAAGCACCAGAACCGCCAGCUGCGUGCCCUGCUGCUCAGCCACCAAUUCCGGCGCCGGGAGGCAGACCAGGCCCAGAGCUUCAGCUCCUGUGUGAUGAAGGCCCCAGUCCAGGUUGUCCUGCUCCGGGCCCUAGCCUUCCUGGCCUGCGCCUUCCUGCUGAUGACAGCACUGUACGGGCCCAGCAACCCUUUCACCCUGGGGGUUGCCCUGCCCCCAGCCCUGCCACCUGGCAGCAACAGCUCGGCCACCCCAGACAACGGCACUGCCCCAGGGACCAAGGGCUGGCGGCAGCUACUGGACCUGCUGCCAGAGCAUACCACAGAGACGCUGCUCGAGGCCUGGGCCUUCGGGCAGAGCCACCAGAUGAGCAUAGUGGUCUUGGGCCUGCUCACCUGCCUGCUGGCCAUGCUGCUGGCCGGCCGCAUCAGGCUCCGCAGGAUCGACGCCUUCUCUGCCUGCCUGUGGGCCCUGCUGCUGGGGCUGCACCUGGCCGAGCAGUACCUGCAGGUGGCCUCGCCCAGCUGGCUGGACACACUCAAGCUCAGCACGAUGUCUCUGUGCUGCCUAGUGGGCUUCACAGCAACUGUGGCCACAAGGAAGGUGACGGGCCCUCGGAGGUUCCGGCCCCGAAGGUGCUUUCCGGGAGACGCCGUAGGCUUCUUUCCCGCCGGCCCCCGCCUGGCUGUGCCCAGCCCGAGUGUCCCAGGCUCUUCGCCGGCCCUGUUUGUGCCCAGCCCGCCUGGCUUCCUGCCACUCAGCAGCCAGCAGCUGUUCCGGUCUCCCCGACGGGCCUCACCCUCCUCGCUGCCAGGCCGCCUUAGCCGGGCCCUCUCGCUGGGCACCAUCCCCUCUCUGACUCGAGCAGACUCUGGGUACCUGUUCAGUGGGAGCCGCCCACCAUCCCGGGCAUCUCGCCCCCAGGAGGUUCCCCUUUCAGAUUACUUCUCUCUGCUGUCGGGCCGCCACCUGUCCUCCCCUCUGCCGUCCCCAGCGCCCUCUGUGGCCAGCUCAGUGGCCUCCAGCUAUGGCUCCCUACGUCACCGCAGGCCCCUCAUCAGCCCUGCGCGGCUCAACCUGAAGGGGCAGAAGCUGCUGCUGUUCCCCGCCAGUCCCGGGGAGCUGCCUGGCACCCCCAGCAGCUCGGAGGAGCGCUCACCACACAGUGGCGGCCUCUUCACCCUGGAGCCACCCCUGCCACCCGAGAGGCAGCCCAUUCCCGACAGAGACACCAAGCACAGCCCCGAUGUGCGCGUGACCCCGGGGAGUGGCAGCGCCUGCGGCAGCCGCUUCAUCAAGAAGGAGGACGACUCAUCCCAGGCGUCCACGUGUGUGGUGGACACCACCACCCGCGGGUUCUCGGAGAAGGCCGCCGCCUGGAAGGGGCGCCUCGGCCCCUCCCUGAUCCAGGGCCUCCUGGCCGUGAGCUUGGCUGCCAAUGCUGUCUUCACCUCAGCCUACCUGUACCAGAACCUGCGCUGAGCGCCUGGUGCCCAAGGGCGGUGUCCGGGGCCGAGCCUGUCACCACUGCCACGGGACCCUCCGUCUCCAGGGCCCCCGAGCCCCUCUCAG